AUGAAGGGCAUAUUGUGUGAUUUGCAGACUAUUAUUUUAUGGGACAAUCCUGGAGCUUUUCAUUGGUCCUUUAAUGAUCAAGCUUUGGAUUUCAAAUGGAGUUGGCUUUUCAGAGUUGAGGCUAGUGGAGAACCUGCAAAGAAGUUUGGUAAGAGGGAAGCUUGGUGCAUCAUGGCUUACAAUUCUAAACGGAAGAAAAAGCGGAAAACCCAACUCGUCAGACGUGACGGGUUCUAUGAAGCGCAAAUAUCUCCAAUUAAAGUUUCACCCAGUUCAGUUUUGCAAGGGUUGAUCUGUUUGGCACAUGGCAUUUCAGUUUUCCAGGCGUCUACCCUUAUGUUUGAUGAAAGUUUUCUUUUCCUACAACUGGAUUCUUUUCAACAAUUAAAUGCUCGAACUCCUUGGAAGAUUCUGCGCAACUGGUCUUUACGAUACGAAGAUUUUGCUCACUGCAAUCCUAGUGGAUAUCCUUAUGUUAUUGAUAUCUUCCCUCUACACCGAGACUCUUACACUGAGACCGUAACAAACAACUCUUGCAGAUCAUUGAACUCGGAAAUCAUUGACGGCACAGAUACCAAAGACAGCUCAUGGUCAUCAUAUUCCUUUUCGGAUCCCGUGGAAGAACAUGCGUGA